GGCGGCGGUUUGAUUCCUCCCAAGAUGGCGGCGGCGGCUUUCCCUCAGUCGUUCUGCUUCCGCCGCAGCCGUUCUGGCUGGGACGGGACGGCGGGAAGGAGAGCGGCGGCGGCGGCGGCCGCUCCGGCCUUGGUGGCGUUGGCGGCCGCCGUCGCCGCCGCCGUCGCCUCGGCUUCGCAGGACCCCGGCGCCGCGGCGGGGCGGCCAGUGAGGGAGCUAAGCGGGUCCAACUGGAGCCUCCUGCUGCAAGGCCAGUGGAUGGUCCAAUUGUGAGUCGCUGGCGGCGCUUCGGGGGCUCUCGGACUACGACUCCCGUCGGCCCCUGCGCGAGCGCGGCCCUCCGGGGCUGCUGGGAGUUGUAGUCCAAAGCUUCCAGGAAGGGCGGGGCGGGGCCACCACCAAGCAGGCUGGUCUCAGAAUUGCUCAGGAUCUCAAUGGAGGAAGCUGGACCCUGGUGGGGGGGCAGUCGGUGGGUUUGGAGGCUCCCUCUCUCUGGCUCCUUUGGGCUUCACCGUGCACAUUUUUUUUAACAUUGAUUAAAUUUAUACCUGGAGAAAUGGGAGGGACCCCAGCGGGUCAUCUAGUCCAGCCCGCUCCCCUGCCUUGCAGGGCUCUUAAGGUGCCAGCCCUCAUGCGAUUCAAAACCAUACUAGACCAUUCUUCUGGAGUUGAUUCUGACUCUCUGAUUGUCUUCUGCAAUACAGUUAAGGUCAUUUCCUUUUAGGUGGCUUGCGGGUGGGAGUGCGGGGGUGGGGAGGCACAAGCAUUCACCGUUUUCUUGUUUUGAUGCUGGGGAUUAAAACAAGAAAACUAUGGAAUCCAUCCUGACAAGUCGGCCUGGAGAGCUCAGUGGGUUGGAGCGUGGUGCUAAUAACGGCAAGGUUGAAGGUUCUGAUCCCUGUACAGUGGUACCUCGGGUUACAUACGCUUCAGGUUACAGACUCCGCUAACCCAGAAAUAGUACCUCGGGUUAAGAACUUUGCUUCAGGAUGAGAACAGAAAUCGUGUUCUGGCGGCGCAGCGGCAGCAGGAGGCCCCAUUAGCUAAAGUAGUGCUUCAGGUUAAGAACAAUUUCAGGUUAAGAACAGACCUCCAGAACAAAUUAAGUACUUAACCCGAGGUACCACUGUAUGGGACAGCUACAUAUUCUUGCAUUGCAGAGGGUUGGGCUAGAUCAGACACAUCCAACUCCCAAGAGACUGCAAUCUACUCCCAGUACUGUAUCAAAAAUCUGGCAGUGAUCUACCCAUUGUCACUGGAGGGAGAAAGAGUGUGCGCGGGGUGGGUGGAUGGAAGGGGAGGAUUUUGAGCUUUUUUGGGGAGGGGAAGCCAACUAAGGUCAGCAGCAAACUAAAACAUCACCCUAUUGACGCUACAUAGGGACAGAGUGAGGGGGCGGGGCUUUUAAUCCUGCAAUCGAUCGGGAUACCACAAUUGACCAAGAUCACUCUGGGAUCUAUCUGUUGAUUGCGGUCAACCAGUUGGACAUUGCUGGGCUAGAUGAUUUCUUGGCAUCCCUUCUAGCUCUACAGUUCUAGGAUUCUAAGAGGCGUCCUUUCCACUGUCAAACAGCGUUUACCGUCAGAAAAUUAUUCCUGAUGUUGAGUUGGAUUCUUGUACAGUGGUACCUCGGGUUACAUACGCUUCAGGUUGCAUACACUUCAGGUUACAGACUCCGCUAACCCAGAAAUAGUGCCUCAGGUUAAGAACUUUGCUUCAGGAUGAGAACAGAAAUUGUGCUCCGGCGACGCGGCAGCAGCGGGAGGCCCCAUUAGCUAAAGUGGUGCUUCAGGUUAAGAACAGUUUCAGGUUAAGAACGGACCUCCGGAACGAAUUAAGUACUUAACCUGAGGUACCACUGUAAAUCCAUGGGUUCAGGUCCUAGCUUCCAGAGCCAGAGAAAGCAAACUUGCUGCAUCCUCUAUGUGACAGCCUUUUAGAUCCUAUCUCAUCUCAGACUCCUCUUUUCCAGGGUAAACACAGCUAACUCCCUCAAAUGUUCCUCACAUCCUGCCCUUCUUCCGGUUUUUUACGGUGCUUUGUUGGUCUUGUUCUGUUUGCUGGUCACUGAUUAUCAGGCAACAUCACUCUCACCUGGUGGGAUGGCUUGUGUUUCUUACCUAUGCUCCUAUCUCAGGGUUGGCCCACUCAGGAGGCCAGGUGAGGUGAUGGCCUCAGGACAGCAGCAUCCACAGGGACAGCAAUUCCCAAUUUCAAUCUCACCAUCCCACCUGUGUUCCUGAUGUAAAUCUUCACUCGCUCCUUCUUCCCUGUUGGGGAGGGAGCUCUUUUUGUGGGGAUCGAUCGUCUCAGGUGCCCAAUGUAUUAGGCCGGUCCUGCCUAUGAAUCUUCAUGGCAUUUAGAGAUGUGUAUGCCCAUGGCUUUUUUUAAUUUUAGGGAUGUCAAAUCCCACCCAUAGUUCUUAAAGGUAAAGGUAAAGGGACCCCUGACUGUUAGGUCCAGUCACAGACGACUCUGGGGUUGCGGCGCUCAUCUUGCUUUGUUGGCCGAGGGAGCUGGCGUACAGCUUCCGAGUCAUGUGGCCAGCAUGACUAAGCCGCUUUUGGCGAACCAGAGCAGCGCACGGAAACACCGUUUACCUUCCCACUGGAGCGGUACCUAUUUAUCUACUUGCACUUUGACGUGCUUUCGAACUGCUGGGUUGGCAGGAACUGGGACCGAGCAACGGGAGCUCACGGGGAUUCGAACUGCCGACCUUCUGAGCAGCAAGUCCUAAGCUCUGUGGUUUAGACCACAGCGCCACCCGCGUCUCCCAUAGCUUCUUAGCUACCUAAUAAUGCGGCACAGCUUUUCUCUUGCCUUGGUAGGCUGGUUGGAGGCGUAUUGAAAAAGGAGACACCUUUUUAAGAAUUUACAGAAGAGCCCCAUUGGGUCGGGCCAAUGGUCCAACUAAUCUAGCAUCCCUGUUUCCCACUGUGACAUCCAGUUGCUUAUGGGAAACUCCUGGACAUGAAAGAAACAGCACUCCCCGCCCCCCAUAUGCUCCCCAGUCAUGAGUAGUCAAAGGCAUAUUCUGCCUCUGCUACUGUGAGUAGAAACCAUUAAUCUCCACAUUCUCUCUCUUUUUCUUUGCAUUUAGGGUGUAACUGUAUGUAGAGCUUCUGUAGUCAUUCUGCCAACUUUGUAAAGUAAAUAACUAUAUCUCUGUAUUGCAGAUUAGAGGUUAGACGGAGGAAGAAAGGCAGAUCUGCAAAUGGCCACUUACUUUCUGAAUUUAUGGCAGAGAUUGCUGCUUUAAGAGAUCUGUGCUAUAACUGGUCAUUGCGUACAUCUGACUGGGACAGAGAAGGCUGUCUUAGUUUAGGCCAUGCAGGCAUAGAUAACUUUUUAAAAAUAAAAAUAAAAAGAGAGCAAUAGACAGCUUAAAAAAUGUUUCAGCUGAACCAUUUGCAUACACAUUUUCUAGAGGAUGUUUGUUAACAUGGCAGCUGGUAACUCGAGCACAGCUUCCUUUUGCACAUUUUGGGCCUUCAUAGGAUGGGAUCUACCAGUAAUUUGUAUGGAAACUGCUGAAGUGUUGUAAAACCACUUGUCAGAAACUGGAAGACUGACAAUCUGCUUACAGCUCCCGUUGAUUUUUUAAUUUUUUUAAAAAAGGAUAAAUUGAAUAAUAGCAAUUCAAGAGAGGGAUCUACUACAGUUUAAAAGCAAAAAAAAUACUGUGUUAGAAGCUACACGUUCAAGAACUUAGCUGUUUUCUAGCAAAGAAAUGACAACCACAUCUGAAGAAAUGUGUUUUAUGAGUAUAAAGAGGAUAUGGCCCCUUUGUGGUGUUCCUGCUUGGAUCAGGAUCUAUGAACUGAAUCUAGUUAGACUGCCCAGAGUUAUAUUUUUGUAUAACAGUUUUUAAGGCACUGAAAGCGGCUGUAGUUUGGAAUCCAAAGUUUGCUGCAGUUGUCCUCUAAAUUUGUCUUUAUUCCUAGAUGGACAGUUCCUAGAAAGUGUGUGCAACACAAACGCUGGUAUUAAAUAGCAGUAAAUCCUUUGGUAAACUUGAACUCAUGUUAGUUUACUUUGUGCACAAAGAGGAUAUUGACAGGCAUGUUUUUUAAUUAUUUAUUUUAUUAUAUUAUAACAGAAUAGUUGGCCUUAAGGGGACAUUAACAUUGGCCUCUGUCCAGCAGCAUAUUAUCCUGACACUUUCUGCAUGGGUAGGGAGCUUCAGAUGUUAGCAAUUUUGGUGGGAUAUACACUGAAGAAGAGGAAUUUGGAGGUGGGAACUGUCUAAUUCAAUGAAUGUAAAGGAAGAAUUGCAAAAUGGUGAUGUAUUGGCGCAGCAGGGGGAUAGCUUUGCUCAUUAAAAAUUUUCAGGGCGACAUUAAUAUCCUUCAGCUGAAAGGUUAAAAUUGGGAGCCCACUAUUUAUUCUCAAAUUCUUUUUCAGUCAAAGGAAUCUUUGGCAUGCUCUUUGGCCGAAAGGUUUCUCAAAGAUCAAUAACAAAGACAUUCUCAGCAUUCAGGGUUACAGUCUAAAAGACAUGAAUUUGCCAGUUCAGCUUGCCUCCCACAAUGGUACUCCUACCAAAUCAGUGUUGCUUCUGUUGAUACACAAUGGUAACUAUUGUUGAAGGUCAAUCCAGGCGAGACUGGAGCAAUUCAUAAGCGUGUGUUCUCACUCACACACUUUCUCAAUAAUUUGCUUCAAAGUAGAAACCCUCCUUGCUAGAGCUCACAGAAUGUACGUCUGCAGCAAAGCACGUUGCAGGUGUCUAUGUGGAUGCCACUGAUCUGUAUUCUGGCAAUGUGUAGCUGAGAGCAUGCAUGCUCUCUCAUACAUUUAUUUCCCAGGUCUUGUUUCACUUUACCCUACCAGCAGCCCAUCAUGUAUUAUCCAACUGCACAUUACUGAGCAUAUGAGGAUUUGGUUGUGCUCAUGUCACCCAGCAGCCCACUUGGCCCCAGAUACAUGUUAUAUAAACAUCAAACAUUGAAAAACAAAAUAUCAUAUACAAGCAACAAACAAACCAAUAAAUCAAUGGAAACUACUACUACUACUACUAGUACUUCUACUAACAGUGUCUGAAAUAAGUGUUGACAUUUUGGGUCUGGAAGAGAGCCCAGGCUGGGUCAUCAUGGUGUCUAGAACUAGAAAUAGUUGUCUUGGAUGCCGAUACAAUGACCUAGAAAUAAAUUUUGCAUCCUUUAUUUCCUGGAAAUUUCAAGAACUGCAUGGGGAGUGUGUGCAGAGGAAGAAGGCAGAGAAAGUUAUGUUUCUGUUUGUUUAGUUUAGCUUGCGUAGUUUGCUUACCAUAUACCUUUAUUCUGUCAAGACAAAGUGGCUUACAUUAAAAGAUAAAAAUACACCAAAACAAGAAUUUUAACUAUCAUUCUGUUAUGUACACUAGAUUCAGCCGCAAUGGAAACAAUUAGAAUACAGCAACUUAGCUUAAAAAAUCCAAUAGAUAGCUUUUGAUAUGUGAGAGGCAGCUGCUAAUAGUCUGAAGAUCGGCAAAUAGGGCUCCAAGUGUAUAUUCAUCAAGAGGGAGAUUUGCAGUCUUGCUGCCACCAAUGAGAUGGCCCUGUUCUUGUGCCUGCCUGCGGGAUCUCGUUUUUUCAGGCUGGGGAACCUCUGGAUGUUGUUAGACUCAAUUCCCAUCAGCCCCAGCCUGGCCAAUGGUCAGUGAUGAUGGGAGAUGGGUCAGUAAUGAUGGUCCAGCAACAGCUGGAGGGUCACACAUUGCCCCCCUUUGUGCCAGUCUUAUAUGAAUGGACACCACAGCUGAGCCUAAAAGGCCAGCCAGGUUCUUAUGGGAUUAUUUCUGAGGUGGCCUGGUCUAAAGCCAUUAAAGGCAAACACCAGGGCUUUGAAACAGGCCAGGAAACAAAUGGGCAAUCCAUUCAGGUGAUACAAGACUGGAGUUGCUUGCUUUCUUGCUUCUAGUGCCAGGAAGCAUUUUGUGCCAGGUGGAAGUUUUAGGACUAUUUUUAAAGGCAGCAAACAUGACAAUAACGUAGUCUGGAGUAAUGUGGUGGAAAUAUACAGACAACUCCAAAUUUACGCGGGGGUUAUGUUCCAAAGCACUGUGUGUUUUAAGUGAGAUCGCAUAUAUUUGAAACACCACACUCCAUCUCGUUUUGUGGCGUUUUUGUGAUGUUUUUGGUUUGGUGUGAUGUAGCACACACAUUGGACGUGCCUAAAUUGUUCUCCGCCCGUGACUGAUAUUCCUCAGGGAAUUUCCCAUUGGUGAUACAUUGCAGACUUUCCAGAUAUGGAAAUGUGUGCAGUCAUUAAAUCAUGUUGUCACUUUCCUUAGCUAUGCCCCUUGGUGUCCCGCUUGUCAAGAGAUGGAAUCGGCAUGGGAGGCUUUUGCAGAAAACAGCAAAGACCAUGAACUCAGUGUGGGCAAGGUGGAUGUCACUCAAGAACCAGGUAAGCCAAAAUUAUCUUUUUAUAGUGGGGAACUUUAAUACAAAUAUAUUUACAUACUGGUUUUCAAUAUGGUAUUCCUUAUUCAUUGUUAAUUUAUGGAACUGAAAAUCCAGCAUUUCCAGUCAAAGACGUUACUUCUUCAGUCAGUGUGGCAAACCUCUAGCUGCAGACAUGGGUUCCCAUCUGGCCUGGGAGCGUAUUUCUCCCAAACCACAGCUGCUUUUUUUGUCAUAGGUGGGGCCAAUAGAAUGAAUGAAUGAAACUUUAUUUGCGUCAGCCAUUGGCCAUAACAAAAGAACACUGCGAUAUACACAGAACAAAAUAAAAAGUCGCUUAUAUAAAACACAGUUUAGGGUCCUGAAUCAGCCGUCUGAUUGCCGUCUGAUUGUUCUGAUUGCUCCAGCUAAAAACCUUGCAACCUUUGCUGUCAUCUGUUCCUCUUGAUCUGCCAGGAGAAAGGACACUGUGGCAGUGGUUGGGCGACCCAGAAUGGACAAUAAAAGAGGGGUGGUAAUCUCGUUCCUCAGGUCUUUGUAAAGAGUGCACGCCAGGAGGGCAUGUGCCACUGAUUCGGUACUGCCAUCUACGCAGGGACAUAAGCAUUUUUCGUGUGGCAUCUGUUGGAAUCGUCCCUCAAGUACAGCCGAGGGCAAUACAUUCAGUCAUGCAUGUCUAUAUUUGCCAACCUAGCAGUUCGAAAGCAUGUCAAGUGCAAGUAGAUAAAUAGGUACCGCUCCGGUGGGAAGGUAAACGGCGUUUCCAUGCGCUGCUCUGGUUCGCCAGAAGCGGCUUAGUCAUGCUGGCCACAUGACCUGGAAGCUGUAUGCCGGCUCCCUCGGCCAGUAAAGCGAGAUGAGCGCCGCAACCCCAGAGUCGUCCGCAACUGGACCUAAUGGUCAGGGGUCCCUUUACCUUUACAGAUAGGGUGCCAGAGAAUCAAAGUGGGAGGAUGGAAAAUGGUCACACCAUGGGCUAAAUUUCCUUAUUGUGGCCUAGUUAUUCUGACGCUCGAUAUCAUUUAGGCGUUGACAAAUUAGACUGGGGCAGAGAGAGAUGCAAGUGCAAAUAUAUGAUCAUGAACCUUCAAGUUCACUCUUGAAUGUGCAGUGGCAAUUGAUGCAUGGAGAAUUUUCGCAGGCUUAAAUUCACCAGCGAUGAUUUGAUAGGCUGCAACUUCAAGCCUUUCUUGACUUGGCUUUUCUUUUGCAGUCAUAUUGCAGGACAAACUGGUCAUCUGGCAUCAAAGCAGUGUCAGAUGAUUGACAGGUGGGCAGGCCCCCAUCCAGCUGUCCAAAGUGGCAUGCUGCGGUUGGGGGAAGCAGCCAGGUCCCAAACUCUGUACUAUGGCAUGCAUCGUUAACUAGACAUAUUUUAAGUCUAUACUGGAACAUUGCUGCUAUUGUGGGAAUAUGAUAAGUUAACUACAAGUUAACUUGAGCGUUUGGCUGGACGAGCUGGAGCACGGUGUUCUUUGAUGUAUUCAAUUUGCCCCAGAUGGCAAGAGGUCUGGGAACCCUUUAUGUAAAUUUUCUACCCUUGACCUGAGUUGUGCUACUGCUCAUCUGCUCACUUAAAGUUAGCAAUGCUUUUAUGCAUGCUAACUAGAGGAUGUUCAGGGUUUUGCUGGAGGACAUCUUAAAAAUUAUCCAUUAAAAUGAGGAAAUAAUUGAAUCUGAAGAGUAGGAGUUGUCACCUAAUUGUAAGUGAGGCUUUGAGGCUUGGGCAAAAAAUCAGUAUGAAUUUCAAGAGAAGCUAAAAGAGUUUUGAUUAGCAAAAGUUCUUGCUGGGUGUGCCUGUCUUUUGCCUUAACCAUACAUGCUGCUGCAGGUAGCUCACAAAAACACAUACUGAUAACAUCUUUGCAUUUAAUUCAGUGAUUGGUUAUUCAUGCUCCAACUUCACUUGUUGCUCCUCCCUGGGUGAUGGUGAUUAACAUUUUCAGCCAUUCCACUUCAUGUCACUAAUUAUUAGUUUUUUGUUCCGUUUGUUUAUGAGAUUUGUUGUUCCGUUUGUUGUAGAGAUAAAGCCAGAUGUGCAGUAGCUGCAGCUAUAGUUCCACCCCUCCUUUGGAAGGCAAUUGCUGUCGCUCAGUUUAAUAGCAAUCUGUGUGGCCUGCUUUAAGUUGGCCCAUACAAAUCUAUCAUAUGCUGAUUAACUCUAACCAGAUUUUUUUAUUUAAAUCAGAUUUUUUUGAUUUUAAUCGAAUUUUUAAAAUAAAAUUCUUUUGGAGGAAAAAUCUUUCUAAAGACAGUUUUCUGUUUAAGUUACAUUAUAGGCUAUUCAUCAGGAAAUAAGGAUUUGUUUUAAGUUUUUCAUGUGUGCUAAAACUCAGUCUAAGGUGUUUUUUUUAAAAAAAAAAGUUUAACCACAUCAGUUAACAAACAUGGAUACAUGUCCUAUAAUGUUAUUGUUUUAGUUAAAUAAAAUGUUUAAAUUGUUAUUAAGGAAAUGAUUAUUUUUCUCCUUCCAAUAAAGUACAGCAGAAAAGUUGUCCAAGUGUAAACAGUUAACUUAUUAAACCUCACAAUAAUUUCAUAAUUAUCUGUCUAUGUAUUUCUAAUAAUAUAACCAAAUCAGUAAAACUACUCUGAAAAUUUAUUAUUCCAAACAUGAAAUCUUCAUCUGGUUGUAAGUAUUAAGAUUAUACCAGCAAGAAUGAGUCUUUCUGUAAAAAAAUGAUUUAAAUUGUGAUUUAAAUUGUGAUUUAAAUCCACCCUGAACCUAAGCAGCACUCUGCUCCUAUAAAUAUAGUCAUACUUAAUUUACUACAUCCUUGCUGCCAGAUUGUGCACUUAAUGGUGCAAUCCUUUGCACGUCUACUCAGAAGUGAGUCCCAUUGAGUACACCGUACUCAUGCAUGCAUAUAGGAUUGCAGCUUAAGUUUCACUAUAGCUGAAAAGUUACUCAGUUACGUAAUCAGUGUUGCUGAUAACAAAAUGAACAUUGGUUCCAUCAUUUGCUCCCACACCGCUUGCUCUGUGGAAGGGGUCUCUUUACUUGCCUAGCAGUUUUGGGGGCCCCAGGCUUCUGUAAAAUGUAUCGUGGCUAAAAUCCUCCAUUGUAGAUGAAAACUGAGCUGGGAAAAGGGGUGGCUACAAUAGCGCUAGAGGAAUUGUUGAUAGCUGUCAGUAGUUCUAGUACAGUGGUACCUUGAGUUACAAACGCCUCAGGUUACAAACUCCUCUAACCUGGAAGAGUUACCUCGAGUUGAGAACUUUGCCCCAGGAUGAGAAUGGAAAUCGUGUGCCGGCGGCGCAGCGGCAGCAAGAGGCCCCAUUAGUGAAAGCAUGCCUCUAGUUAAGAACAGUUUCAGGUUUAGAACGGACCUCGAGAAUGAAUUAAGUUCGUAACUAGAGGUACCACUGUGCUAGUAGCAGUAGCAGUAGUAGUAAUAAUAAUAAUAAUAAUAAUAAUAAUAAUUUUAUUAUUUAUACCCUGCCCAUCUUGCUUGGUUUCCCCAGCCCCUCUGGGCGGCUUACAGUACAUAAAAAAUGGUAAAACAUUAGACAUAAAAAAUGUCUAGGGUUUUCAUAACUACAAUCGUACCUCGGCUCCCGAACGUCUUGGGAGUCAAACAUUCUGGCUGCCGAACAAUUGAAUACCGGAAGUGAGUGUUCUGGUUUUUGAACGUUCUUUUGGAAGCCAAAUGUCCGACAGGACUUCCAGUUGGCUGCAGGAUCUUCCUGCAGCCAGUCAGAAGCCGUGCUUUGGAAGUCGAAUGGACUUCUGGAACAGAUUCUGUUCAACUUCUGAGGUACGACUGUAUUUAUUUUUCAGCAGCAAUGGCUGACUAUUGGCAAGGCUAACUGGGGCUGCCCUUCUGUCAGACACUGCAGGCUCCCUAUCCCAGUGUUACAGUAAAAAGAUAAAGGGACCCCUGACCAAUUGGUCCAGUCGUGGCCGACUCUGGGGUUGCGGCGCUCAUCUCGCUUUAUUGGCCGGGGGAGCUGGCGUACAGCUUCCGGGUCAUGUGGCCAGCAUGACUAAGUCGCUUCUGGCGUACCAGAGCAGCGCACGGAAACGCCGUUUACCUUCCCACCAGAUUUAUCUACUUGCACUUUGACGUGCUUUCGAACUGCUAGGUUGGCAGGAGCAGGGACCAAGCAACGGGAGCUCACCCCGUCGCAGGGAUUCGAACUGCCGACCUUCUGAUCGGCAAGUCCUAGGCUCUGUGGUUUAACCCACGGCGCCACCCGUGUCCCAGUGUUACAGUACUGAUGUACUAAACAGUAGAUUUUUAGUUAUGCUCAAUCACCCACAGGCUGGAAACCGAAAUGGACAACUAGUUUUGGGGACCAGUUUCACACACAGCGUAAAGUGACGGUAUUAAUUUGGUUUGUUAUACAACUGUGUUUAGGAAAGCAAAAUAAUGUCCUGGGGGAAAACUACUGAAAAUGCUUUUUUACUUCCUUAGGCGUAAGUGGUCGCUUCUUUGUUACGACACUCCCCACAAUUUACCAGUAAGUAUCUCAUUUCAUUUGUCUGAAAAAGGCAGCUGUUUGCUAUUGGAAGACAGUAUCUGUCUGUGCCAGUUUUGGGGGGCUGGAAUAGUGUGAGGAUAAGCAGAACAACAGAGGUCAUGGAAAAACGUGGGCCAACUGUUGGUGUUCUGGAGAAUGUAGCAACUAUCUCCCGGUAUGCCCUGCGGAGGACCUUAAGGUCCAUAAAUAACAACACCUUGGAAGUCCCAAGCCCCAAGGAGGUUAGAUUGGCCUCAACCAGGGCCAGGGCCUUUUCAGCUCUGGCCCUGGCCUGGUGGAACGCCCUACUGCAGGAGAUCAGGGCCCUGCAGGAUUUGACACCUUUCCAUAGGGCCUGCAAGGUGGAGCUGUUCCGCUUGGCCUUUGGGCUGGACUCAGUCUAACCCCCCCCCUUAUUUAUUUAUUUUUUUUGAAUGGAACCCCUUAUAUGGGAUUUGUAUAUAAAUUUUCCCUCAGCUCUUUUUGCUGACCCAUGUAGGACCAGCAUGGAUAGUUGGCCCCGGUGAAUAUUUGACGUUUUCUCCCCUUAUGGCUUUGAUCUAUAGGAUACCACUAAAACGAGGCUGCAUUUUAAGCUGCAUUUUAAACUGUAUUCUAACUUAUAUUUUAAUCAACUCUUUUAUUUUUAAUGUUUUUACUAUAUUUAUAUUCAGUGUUAGCCGCCCUGAGCCCGGUUUUGGCCAGGGAGGGCGAGGUAUAAAUAAAAUUAUUAUUAUUAUUAUUAUUAUUAUUAUUAUCUCAGUGGAACUAUAGCUGAGGCUCUGAGUGUGUUGGAAUUAAAGGUUUUUCAGGUUCAAAGGUGCCCUGUUCUCUCCACAGUUCCUUGCACAGAUAAAACAGGAAUCCCUUUAAAUAAAGUAACUAAGUGAAGAUGAAGGGACGUGGGUGGCGCUGUGGGUUAAACCACAGAGCCUAGCACUUGCUGAACAGAAGGUUGGCGGUUCGAAUCCCCACAAUGGGGUGAGCUCCCGUUGCUCAGUCCCUGCUCCUGCCAACCUAGCAGUUCGAAAGCACGUCAGAGUGCAAGUAGAUAAAUAGGUACCGCUCUGGUGGGAAGGUAAACGGCGUUUCCGUGCGCUGCUCUGGUUUGCCAGAAGCAGCUUAGUCAUGCUGGCCACAUGAUCCGGAAGCUGUACGCCGGCUCCCUCGGCCAAUAAAGCGAGAUGAGCGCCGCAACCCCAGAGGUGGCCACGACUGGACCUAAUGGUUAGGGGUCCCUUUACCUUAAGUGAAGAUGAGGCAACACUGAAUUCGCUGUGCUAAAGUGAGGAACCACAAAUGAUUCUCCCUGCAGCAACUUCUAUUAACUACAGAUGAAGUGAUACAAUAGUUCCUCCUCCUCCUUCUCCAAAAAAUAAUUUUUCUUAAAGAUUUUCAUUAACUACAAAAGAACAUGCAAUCUCUCUUUUUUUUAAUCAAAUUAAAAAGUGUUUUGGUUGCUUUCAAUGUAAGACAAUAUGAUAUCCAGAGGUAGGGGAGAGAGUGGGUGAUAAACUUGCACACUAUUUUUUCCCCUUGUUUUUCCAACUUGCUAUAUGUGUGAGGUUUUUAUGUCAGCAUCAUUUGGGUAGGUUCUCUUCUGUACAUUGGUUGGUUUACAUGGGCAGUGAGAAGGAGCCCCAAGGUGUGGUUGUUGGCCUUUGAUUGACUGCCGCGAGAUUCAUUUCCGUGUGUGGAAGGUGGGCAACAAUAGCUCCUUCUGUGUGUUUUGGUUUUAGUUGCGGCGCCAUAAUUAUACUAUUACCUGUUUUUGUUUUCAGCGCAAAGGAUGGAGUGUUUCGAAGAUACCGUGGCUUGAGGACGCUGGAGGAUUUAGAAACCUAUAUCCUGGAGAGAAAGUGGGAAGCUGUAGAACCUGUGGCCGGAUGGAAGUCCCCCUCAUCUAUUACGUAAUUGCGUUACAGCACCUUGCCUUGUUGAAAUUGCAUCUUUAUAUAUUUUUGCAGGGGUGGGGGGAGUUGAAAACUAGCUUUAGUUAUUCUAGCUCAGGGGUCAGCAAACUUUUUCAGCAGGGGGCCGGUCCACUGUCCCUCAGACCUUGUGGGGGGGGGGCUGGGCUAUAUAUUUUUUGGAGGGGGAAUCAACAAAUUCCUAUGCCCCAUAAAUAACCCAGAGAUGCAUUUUAAAUAAAAGGACACAUUCUACUCAUGUAAAAACAUGCUGAUUCCCAGACCGUCCACAGGCCGGAUUUAGAAGGCGAUUGGGCUGGAUCUGGCCCCCAGGCCUUAUUUUGCCUACCCAUGUUCUAGAUCCUUAACAUUUAGGGUGACUUUCUGUGGUGUGUAUUUUCCCAGCCUGGCUACCACUCACUGGUAGGGAAUGUGCCACCCUUGUGACAUCAGAAAAGAGGUAAUUGUUCUAUAUGUCAUGGAAUGAGUGAUUUGAACGUUCUCUUGCUGUUCAGACAGUAGCCACGUGCUUGUAGCAACUAAGUGUAUUUAUAUUAUUUUUAAUAAAUUUAUUCAUUCGGUUUUUCAAAUUAAAGUUUUACAAUCAGAUAUCCAACAUACAUCAUAAAAACAAGAUGUCAAAGAAUCUCCUGGACUCCCCUCCUCCACUUUGUGGGUCCUAUUGUUAAUCAUUUCCCCCUGCAUCUUUUAUUAUAAUCCAAAUCUUUUACAUCUCCAUUAUAUCUAAAAUUCACCAUUAAAACUACAAGUGUUAUAAAAACUCCUACUAUCAAUUUUAACUCUUACAAUGGUAUUUAAGAUAAAUUUUAAUUUCCCCCCAUUCCUUAUUAAAAUUUUGGUCUUCCUGAUUUCUUAUUCUUCCAGUCAUUUUUGCCUUUUUGGCAUAAUCCAUCUGCCAUUCUUAUCUAGUCGGAACUUUUAUCUUCUUUCCAUCUCUGGGCCAAUAACAUCCGUGCAGCCGUGGUCGCAUACAUAAAUAAUCUUUUCUGCUCCAUUGGGAUUUUGGCACCUAGAAUUCCUAAAAGAAAGCCUUCAGGUUUUUUAGAAAAAGUUAUUGUAAACGUUUUUUUCAAUUUAUUAUAUAUCAUUUCCCAAAAUUCUUUUACUACCUUUAAGUGUAUUAAUAUUGAGUAGUGAGACCCAAUGUGGAUAAAAAAAGGUGAUAAAAUAGUAAUGAUAAAAUAUGAAGCACAGUAGAGCACAAUUGAGUAAUGAGGCACGGUUGUUGCAGUUUUUAUGUAAGAGCUGAGAAACCGGUCGCUUCUCUGUGAAAAUCUUUUUAACUCUUUGUGCGAAACUGUCAUAGGAAGGUAAGAAUCUUCUGCAGUGAUCUAUGAACUAUUACAUACAGUCAAAUGACUUGUUCUAGUCUUCAGAGCACAUCACCUAGCUUUUGUUGUUGUUGUUGUUUAGUCGUUUAGUCGUGUCCGACUCUUCGUGACCCCAUGGACCAGAGCACGCCAGGCACUCCUGUCUUCCACUGCCUCCCGCAGUUUGGUCAAACUCAUGCUGGUAGCUUCGAGAACACUAUCCAGCCAUCUUGUCCUCUGUCAUCCCCUUCUCCUUGUGCCUUCAAUCUUUCCCAACAUCAGGGUCUUUUCCAGGGAGUCUUCUCUUCUCAUGAGGCGGCCAAAGUAUUGGAGCCUCAGUUUCAGGAUCUGUCCUUCCAGUGAGCACUCAGGGCUGAUUUCCUUCAGAAUGGAUAGGUUUGAUCUUCUUGCAGUCCAUGGGACUCUCAAGAGUCUCCUCCAGCACCAUAAUUCAAAAGCAUCAAUUCUUUGGCGACCAGCCUUCUUUAUGGUCCAGCUCUCACUUCCAUACAUCACUACUGGGAAAACCAUAGCUUUAACUAUACGGACCUUUGUUGGCAAGGUGAUGUCUCUGCUUUUUAAGAUGCUGUCUAGGUUUGUCAUUGCUUUUCUCCCAAGAAAAGAAGAUGAAGCUGAGGGGCUCAUCUUCCAGCGUCAUAACUUUUAUAUGCCUGUUGUUUUUGUCUAUGGAGUUUUCUUGGCAGGGAUACUGGAGUGGCUUUCCGGUUCCUCCUCCAGGUGGAUCACGUUUGGUCAAAACUCUCACUAUGACCUGUCCAUCUUGGGUGCCCUGCUCGGCAUAGUUCAUAGCUUCUCUGAGUUAUUCAUGCCCCUUUGCCAUGGCAAGGCAGUGAUCCACAAAGGGGACCUAGCUCUUAUAAUGGUUAAAAAACAUAAUUUCUGUCAUUAUCCUUUACUACACUGUUAAAUUAUGGUGUAGAUGGUCAAAGAUUAGUGCAGAUCAAGAAGGAUGUGACAUAGAACAUGUAAGAAUACUUAAUUUGUCGUGCUUUAUCCAUUGACAUUGGUAUAAACCAGAUAUUUGUUCUUUAUUAGGAUGCAUGGAAUGGCAGGACUCUUCCAUUUAUCUGCAUGGAUCAGGGUGAGUAAAUGUUCCCCAAUUAAUUCUGUAUCAUAAGUAGCUUGCACAAUGCAUUGGCAAUGGCAUUGUCAUGAAACUAAUGGUAUAACCCCAUACUUAAUGCUAACGAAAUGUGAGGUUAGCUCUGUAUCCCGUGGAGAAGCCUUUGUACUUUUCAGAACUCAGUUCAUACACUGUUGGCUGAUUUACUUUAUUUCAGCUAUAUAGUAAAUUUCAAAACGGUGGUGGGUUAUCAUAUCAGAACGUCUAUACUCUGGUAAUUGAACACUAGCUGUUGGAAUGGGAAAUUUAUGAGGCUGUCACAAGCAAACCCUUGGAAAGGACUCAUAUUUACCAUAUUGCAUGCUUAAAUUCUAGUCACCAGAAUAUUCUGCAAGAGGCUUUUUUUUAAAAAAGCAAGGAGUACAAUUUCCACUCUGAUAAUUACAGUGUGCAGUGACAUUAACUAUUUUGUAACUGGCUUUAAUUUUUUACCAACCUUCAUUUAUUUAUUUUCAUAAUUUAUAUAAUGACCUUCAGUGUAAGUUUAUGUUCCCAGGGGGGCUAACAGUGCUGUAAGAAACAAUCACGGGGAGACGUGGCUAGUCCUGACAUAGUUAGGUUUUAAGUGGAAAUUAAAGGCAUGCCUGUUUUUCCAGGCUCUUGGUAGAUAAUGUAGACAAGAAUUUACUGCAGAGAGUGUUGUUUAUCUUUUGCUGUUUUAGCUGCUGGUUGAGGUGUUAUUUUUUAAAAUAAUAUUAUUGCUGUAUUACAUUUUAUCAUGUUGCACUCUGAGAAAGGAAGCCUGGGGUGUUGAUGUUGUUGUUGAUGACAGUGCUGCAAAAAAACAGAAAAUAAACUAUGCAAAUUAACACAGUAGCUGUCCAUCCAGAUAGAGUAGCUUAGGUUUUAUUAUUUACCAUACUUUUCCGUGUAUGACUAGGUGUUUUUUUUUUACUAAAAAAAUAAUGUUUAGAAAGGGGGGCGGUGGUCUUAUACAUGGGGGCAAUUUCCCCCCAUUUUCUUAAUUCUGAGUCCUCCAAAAUAUAUACUGUAUUUUUCACUCUAUAAGACGCACCAGACCACAAGACGCAUCUAGUUUUUGGAGGAGGAAAACAAGAAAAAAAAUAUUCUGAAUCUCAGAAGCCAGAACAGCGAGAAGGAUCGGUGCACGGUGAAAGCAGCAAUCCCUCUUGCUGUUCUGGCUUCUGGGAUAGCUGUGCAGCCUGCAUUCGCUCCAUAAGACGCACACACAUUUCCCCUUACUUUUCAGGAGGGAAAAAGUGAGUCUUAUAGAGCAAAAAAUACGGUAUAUAUAUAUAUAUAUAUAUAUAUAUAUAUAUAUACACACACACACACAUAUACAUAUAUAUAUAUAUAUAUAUAUGGGCGUGUUAUACACGAAAAAAUACGGUAAGUUAAAAAAUGUGGUUAUAGCCAGUUAUGUCAAUCCACGAGUGGGGAAAAAAAUGCCUUUCCUCUCCUGUCCUCUCCUUCCAGCCCCGCCCUUGUAACCCCUCCACAGACUUGGGAGAAUAAAGGGAAGUCUUGUUACACAAGUAGGUUUCAGCACAGGCUGUCUGCUAAUGUGAGCCGUCCUUAAAGCCUGGGCAGCAGAGAUGUGUUAAGUCUGUAUGAUAACAAUAGUAAAAUUUAUAUCUGAUCAGCAUGGAUUUGGACUGCAUGGUUUUGCUAGACCUGUUAACUGCACUUCAACACACAAUGUGUGUUUUACUGCAUGUUGUUGUUGUUUAGUUGUUUAGUCGUGUCCGACUCUUCGUGACCCCAUGAAUCAGAGCAAGCCAGGCACUCCUGUCUUCCACUGCCUCCUGGGGUUUAAAUUUAGAAUUCUUUGUACUAUUAAAGUUAUAACGGAAAACAUGGUCAUAAUCCUCCCCCCCCCCCCCGCAAGCAGAAAUGCUUGUUCAGAUGACUUACUUGUGAUAGAUAGCUGUUCUUGUGAAAGAAGUCUUGCCAUCCGUCCAAAACAUAAUAUGGGAAAUAUCAGUAAAUAUGUAUGGUUUCUAUUCUUAUCUGUGGAAUAUAAACCAUGUGACAUUUUUAGACAGGCCCAAAGGCAAAAUUGCAUGGCAUGAAAUUAUAAUUAUAAUAAGUGCAGAGCUUGUUACUGCUUUCUGAGGGGGUGUUCAUCCAGAGAAAUCUAUCAUUACAUCAUUCUGGCCUGCCUACGGUCAGAUUAAUUUUCUGGCAAAUUGUAACUGUGAUGGUGCUUGCAUGCAAAUUCAGGGUUUAGAUCAGCUUGUUUUCCAGUUGGUGUUGAACGGUUGGACCAUAGUACAACAGGUGAGGUGUAAGGAAGCAUUUUAUCUAUAAGCUGCACAUUUGUAUAUUGAGUGAGAUGAUGAAUACUAACACCAGCUAUAUUGAUACUAUUCUGUUUCCUGGUGUCUGUGAGAUAGCAUUUUUGACCAUUUAAACCACUUUAAGUUAGAGGAAAUGUGGAAUUCUAUAAAUGUGUUCUGUAACCAUGUGAGUUGUUACUUAAGAUUGUUUCUUAGGAUGGAGAUGGUCAGCUUGAUAUUGAUUGAUAUUAAUUGUUAAUGAUGAAUUGGGGGGAAUGAAGUCCUCAGGGAUUACUUAAAAAAUCAAAAAGCCUCAUUAGGGAGACAAAAGACUAAAGACCCAGAAGAAAAAAAGAAUAGAUUUGCAUAUAAUCUGAGUCCCAAUUUGUAUUUCUGGUCUAAAAGAACUGGUUUUCCACUCUGUCUUCUGGUGCAAAGUAUAUAGGCUUUUCAUCACAGAAAUGCCAAAAUGACAUUACUUUGCAGUCAUCCUAGCAAAUAUUAGUUUUCGAUGGAUGUUCAGACUGUGUGCAACUCAUUUGAAACUGCUUCAGACUAGUAAGAAUUUGUUUUCUCUUUUGGUUAGUGACUAAGGAUUUUUUUGAAAGUAAAGACGAUCAAUUGAUUUGUCUGAAUGUCAUGUCCAGUACUAAAAUUCCACUUUUAUUUUAAGCUGUUUGUUUGUCUCCUUUUAUAGCAAAUCCACAACUACUUAACAGUCACUCUUGGAAUUCACGUUUGGGGUUCUUAUGCAGUCUUCAUAUUGGCCACUUUAUUGAUUGGUCUAAUCCUGGGCUUGGUAAGAUUUUUUUAUAUAUAUUAUUAAACAAAAUUGUAGGCAGUCUUUACUGUAGAUAAUAUAGCAGUCACAUCAGCCUGGAAGUUUGUAGUGAGCUUAGCCAUUUGUGAUUUUUAAGUGUUAAGUUUCACCUUCCAUCCUACCAUUCAAAUAAGAAUUGUGGAAGAUACAUGAGGUCUAGAAUACUGACACUUUACUAGAGAGGAAGAAGAGAUCCUCAGUUCAUUAGGGGAGUAAGAGAAAGGCCGAUUCCAGAACAAGCACAGAUACAGGCUUGAGACAGUUUUGACGCACUUUCCCUAUGUGCUGUCCCUGAAAUAAACUGCAGGCUAGAACACCUUAAAUUGACAUCUAACAACUGAAUCCUGUGUUCGUUUUUUCACCCUUCAAAAACGAGUCACACUAUCUCCCAAAUAGGCAUGCAUAGGAUUGCAAAUUAUUCAGCCUACCAUUUUAAAGCAAAGUGUAGCCUUUCAGGAGAUAGUUCAAGGUGGGCUUGGGCAGCUUGCAGGCCAAGUUGGGUACAGCGGGGGUCAGUUUGGCCCAUGAGGCCAUUUCCCCUAAGCCAGGCUAACCUGCCCCACACCUGAAGUCAUAUGUGACAUUGGGUGGGGCAACGAAAGAUGUGGCUGCAAAGGAACAGUAAGGAGUGUGCACUCCUCAUUGUUCCUUGGCGAGUAGGGCUUGUUGACAGUGCUGAAGAGCUGAUUGGCGCCCCACUAGGAUUGACUGUACUGCCACAUUCCUACUUAAAAACUCCCUAGGGCAGUUUGCUCUUGAUGCCAGUCAGAUGCUUGCCUCUAAAUGCUACACAUGAGCAAGGGACAAACACACUGAGAGCCAUACCCUCUGCAUUGCUCUGUCUGCCAUCUGAUCAGGGACGCGGGUGGCGCUGUGGUCUAGACCACUGAGCCUCUUGGGCUCGCUGAUUAGAAGGUCGGCAGUUCAAAUCCCUGCAAUGGGGUGAGCUCCUGUUGCUCUGUCCCAGUUCCUGCCAAUCUAGCAGUUCGAAAGCACGCCAUUGCAAGUAGAUAAAUAGGUACCGCUGCGGCGGGAAGGUAAACGGUGUUUCUGUGCGGUCUGGUUUCUGUCAUGGUGUUCCGUUGCACCAGAGGCGGUUUAGUCAUGCUGGCCACAUGACCAGGAAAGCUGCCUAUGGACAAACGCUGGCUCCCUCGGCCUGAAAGCGAGACGAGCGCCACAACUCCAUAGUCGCCUUUGUCUAGACCAGGCUUCCUCAACCUCAGCCCUCCAGAUGCUUUGAGACUACAAUUCCCAUCAUCCCUGACCACUGGUCCUGCUAGCUAGGGAUCAUGGGAGUUGUAGGCCGAAAACAUCUGGAAGGCUGAGGUUGAGGAAACCUGGGCUAGACUUAACCGUCCAGGGGUCCUUUACCUUUUUACUUUAACUUUGCCUGCCAUCUUCCAUGAGGUUGAGGGUGAAGUAGGAAGGAGACAGCCUACUCUGCCUGUGGAAACUUUUUCUACACCAUUUAGACCCCUGAACUCCUCAGGGUUCUCAACUGUGUGAGUAGCCUGCAGGAAUUGAUUUGUGAGUUGCACAUUAGAAUAAGUCAUUCCACUUACUAUGAAUCAUUUCUCCUUAUUUCCUGUGGUCCUUGUCAUACGUACCUGAUUUAAUGUUAUGUUGCUUCAUUCCUGUAAAAACCCCGCUUUUCCUCUCUAGAGGAUACCAUAAAAUGCUUUCACAAAUGUUAAUGUUCUUCUUCUGUUGCAGAAGUAAGGUGUAUGAAGGCUAAAAUUAGUUGAUCUUUUGCAUUUUUAAUAUGUGGGGAUUUGGGUAAGCUUGGUUUGUAUCUAAUUUUUGCUGAUGCACCUGGAAUUGUUAAAACCCAGCAAAAAAGGGAACAAUUUAAGGGGAACGCUUUGGAUCACCUCCUGCAAAAGGGUGGAGGUCAUGUGAGCCUAGGGCUCAUCAUGGCUCAUUCUUGUAACACCGGCAAUUUGAUGGAAGCUUGUUCAAACGGAGCAUGCCAAUCUGUAUGCAGUUGAAAAUGUCAUGCUCAUAAGGAUAAGCAACAGCACAGUAUAAUGUGCAUAAUUGUCAGUUGUGUUCAUGGUUUUCCCCAGCAGCUGAAUAAAAUUAAAUUACAAGUGUGCUAAAGAUACAGCCAUUGCACCUCUCUGGAUAUGUAGCGCUGAGAUACAGGUGAAUGGUAAAACCCCAACAACUUCUUAAAGAAUAGCAUUCAGACGUGAAGAAACCUGGUUGUGGCUGGAGAGCUUGUGGGUUGUCUUUGUGAUACCUUUUCCUUUCCUUCAGAUACUGGUUCUACUUACAGACUGCAUUUUCCCACCUAGGUCCGAAUUGGAAGAUUCUGGUAAGUAUGUAAUAAAAAACUAAGCUCAGUGUACAAUUUUGUGAGGCAAACUGCAUCAUUAAUGAAAGGUAGAUAACCUAAAAUGUAAUGUUUUCAGCUGUUCAUGUAAAGUGAUCAGAUUUCUUGUAUACAAGUGUUAAAGGAGUUGACACGGCCAGUUUUUGAUACGAAGGUUUGAAUAGUACUGGAAUUGUGGGAUACCAGUUAAUUAUAUUAAGCAAGUGACAUUGGGCCUGUGAAGAGAUGAGUCCUUUUCCAAAUUGGUGCAAUGUUUUUCAAGUACCGUAAGCAGCAUGAGAACAGCUAUUGGGCUGGUGACACUGGAAAUGUGUAAUGGGUCUUCCUAACCAAGUAUGAAGAAGUGUGUGCAUUUAUAAAAAUUAAGUGGAGUUGAAGGUAAAUAGUUUGCUUGGGCAAUUGGGAUAUUCAAGAUCUGUGGCACAUUAAUAAUCUGCAUUUUAAAAAGACAUUACAGUGGUACCUCAGGUUAAGUACUUAAUUCGUUUCGGACGUCCGUACUUAACCUGAAACUGUUCUUAACCUGAAGCACCACUUUAGCUAAUGGGGCCUCCUGCUGCUGCUGUGCUGCUGGAGCACGAUUUCUGUUCUCAUCCUGAAGCAAAGUUCUUAACCUGAGGUACUAUUUCUGGGUUAGCGGAGUCUGUAACCUGAUGCGUAUGUAACCUGAGGUCCCACUGUAUUGUAAUGUCAACUGUGAUCCAUAAAGAAUGCUACCAAAGGAAUGUAUUGCCAAUAGGUUUGCUGAAGACUGCAGCCUUAUUUUCAACUGGGGGGAAAUAUUGGACGGCUGGUAGAAGAGGAACAGGCAAAAUCAGGGACUUAAAGCAUUUCCACUCGCAAAGGAGGAUGAAUAACUUGCAUUGAGCGUGUGAAUGAGUAUCUGCGUGUGGGAAAGAUAUUAGGAGGGUAGUGGUCUGGCCCUUUUAGGUAAUGCCAAGUUGCAAGGUGAUGCAGUUAACAUGUAAUCCCAUUAGCAAAUACAUGGCACGUGUGGUCUGCUUCUUCACAGCAAGCAUAAGAAGAAUCUCAGAAUAUAGGAGAGCCACCAGAUGGAGGCUGUUGAAGAUUUUAAGUUUAACAGCAACUUUAACAUAAUGUAAACCAGUUUUUUCCCCUCAAUUCUUCCUGCCAACAGACUUGGUGGACCGCAGUGAUGAUAAAACAGAGGAGCAACAGGAGACAGCAGAGCAUAUAGCCGAAGAACCAGUUGCAGAAAAAGGUUUGUCUGAUGGAGAAGAUGAGGAAGAUGAGUCUCAGGGAAACUCUUCGGAGGACUCUGCAGUUGAAGGAUCUGAGACUGAAAAUGACUCUGAGCACCAUGCAUCUGACAAAGUGGAGCAAAGCUCUCUAAGGCAACGUAAAAACCAGGUGGAGGCUGAUGGACUAUAGUGCAAUUAGCUGUGUAUGUACUUUUAUCUGGACCAAAGAAGCAUCGGGGACCAUCCUUGAUUGCAGCUGAAGCCAAACACUUGACCUGUAAACUGUUACAGCUAAAUCCAUUCUUUGCGUCAGAAGGCUGCUUGCUGUCAUUGUCUUUAGGGCCAGUAAUUUCUGGAAGAUACAUUUUUAAUGUUCAGAUUGAAGCCAUGACAAUCACGUAACUUUGAUUUUGUACUAGAUGAUGGUGUCGAUGAGAGGUGUUAAAUUUUGGCUAGGAUGCCAUAAGCAAGGCACACUGUACACAGAUACAAUUUUUGUGUUUCAGUAUUAUGUGCUUACAGAUUUUAGUUAAUCUAAGGCAUGCUUUGGUCUUUGUUGGCACAAGCUAGUCAGCCAUGGUAUUCAAAGCUUUCUGUAAAAACCCUAUAGUAGUUCCUUGUUAGAUAUAAGGCAGCUUCCAUUAUUAUCAGUGAAGAAUUCACUUGCAUAUACAUGCAGUGUACCAUUAUUUUUGAAGUGGUUAAAUGCAUAGAUUGCAUAUAAGAACACAUCGGAGGUGCUUACCGUAUUUUUCUGUGUAUAAGCUGAGGAUUUUUUAUUAAGAAAUUAUGUUAAAAUUUUGGGGUUAUCUUAUGCACGGAUAGUGCAGAGGGGGGAUGGGCAAUUGGUUGCAGUUGUGAGCAGGAGAUUGUCAGCAGCUAUUGGGCGAUUGUUUUGUGGGCAUGUCAAGGGCUGUUGUCGAUUGGCUGCCCCUGCGUCAAUUGGGCGGGCGAUUGGCGGCUUUUGUGUCGCUUUUGGUUUUAAUUGUUUUUGAGUCGGGUGAGCGUUUUUCAGCAACCUCACCCCAAAAAAGCUCAACAGCUGUGGGUAAUCCCCCCCAAAAGCUCAACAACUCUACAACUCUUGACAAUCUCCCCCCAUUGUCUUAAUUUUGAGUCCCCCAAAACAGGGGGCAUCUUAUACACGGGGCAUGUUAUACACAGAAAAAUACAUUACUUGCAGUUGCCUGGUGUACAUCUGCAACAUGUAAACAGCACAGCUCCCAGUGCAACAAAUAGUGUAAGUUUAUAAAGCUACAAAUUUUAUUUUGGAUGUGCUGACUUGUCUUGAAAAGCAUUUUAAAACUAUGCACUAUCUGUUUCUUGUUGUUAGUGUAUCAGGCUUCCAUAUGGCUUGCCCAAACACUUGUCUGUAAGGUGAACUCGCUUCUUAGUUCUCUGACCAUAUAUGAGGCUCUCCAGGUUACUCAAUGUGGCUUUGAUCAUGUUGAUACCUAAAAUGCAUUCCAGCACAAGGAAGAUUCAGAAUUAAAAAACAUUGCUUAGUUUAAAAGAAUGGAUGAUACCUGAAGUGACUUGCAGAUGAUCACUUAUUCCUGAUGACCAAAAUACUCAUUUGAUUUAAAAAGGUUUAGAUUGCAGCAACUUCUUAAACGUAAUGCUGUCUGAAAGAAACAUCCGUAAUGAUUUCAGUUGAUUUAUUUAACGAACGGCAGUUUGUUUCUAAGUGUUUAAGAAUGUUUACUGACUUCAUACAUCCCAUACAUUGAUCAGUGUAGUAUAGCUGUGUAAAUAUAGCUUCAGUGUAGCAGUGACGGUUGUCACCCUACCUAAAUGCUCUCUGCAAUGCAUUGGAGUGAAUUAAGCUUACAGGGUGAAACAAAAGCAAUUUAGUGGCAGCAUAAUUGGAUGGCUAGGCUAAGAGAAUAAGGAAUGCAGAGCAGAGAAUGAAGGGCAGCUAAUUGCUGGAUAUGAUCAGCUGACAUGGCAAGAGAUCAUUCUGUUACGCCAAGGGUGGCUAAUCUGUGGCUUUCAGGAUAUUGUUGGGCUACAACUCCCAUCUUACCUAUAGGAGCUGAUGGGAGUUGGACUCCAGGCAACGUAUGGCGGUCCACAGGUUAACUACCUCUCUAGUAACUAAGUGUAGGUUUAAACUAACAGUAACAACAUACAUAGUGUCACAAUGCCCAUCCUGUGGCUCUUGCCAAUAGAGCACCUUGAAUUAAAGUCCUUCAUUGCACUAAAUCAGGAGCGGGGAACAUUUGGACCUCCUUGCUGUGUUGGUCAGACCAGAACUAUUACCUGUAGCCAGCACAGCCUCAGGGAUGAUGAGAUUUGCAGCCCAGCCCAUCUUGAGUUCCAAAGGCCAACCAUGUGUGUAUUAAGCUAUGGCAUCUCCAGAAACCCUGUGCUGUGUCAGUUCAAAAUAUGCUGAGGUCAAAAUUCUAGUUGCAUCUUGACAGCAUUGCUCAAAUCCAAGUUGUCCUGAACAUAAGCCAGAUCGACUCAAGUGCAUAAAAUACAUUAAGUUUUAAAACUACUAUGUGCUGGGUAAAUUGCUAGAAUUGCUUUAAUGUGCACAUUUAACGUAUAGCAAAAAUACUGAUAAUCUGAGAUUAUGCGACCAGAAAAUCUUAACAGAACCAAUUAAAAUGAUGUGUAAUUGAGAAGCCUAAAUUUAAACGUCUUGGGAAUGGUUCAGUUGUGCACCAAGUGCACUUUUCAUGCGAUUAAAGAAAAAGAAAACGAAAUAACAUGGUCACGCUUCUCGAUUUGAUUCUGAAACCAUCCUAGCACAAUGCCUUAGCUGUGUAGCCAAGCUUAUUUUUCAGGUACAUGAGAAAAGGAUUAAAGCAUUAGAAGUUGACCUCUCCAUGUUCCCACGAAAGACAGCUAGACCAUAGCUAAUUGACUGUUGUUGUAUUGUUACAGGUAGUCUGUCAUAAUUACAAUCUCAACUAAUUAUGUAUGUGCAGCAUUUUGUUAUUUAAUAGCAUUUCCAUGUUUCAGAAGGUCACUUCAUGCACAUAAUUUCUAAAUAAGUGUAGUUUAGCUAAAAACGCAAAGCAAUACUGGCAUUUUUUGGUUAGGCACUCGGGAGAAAGUACACCAAGCUUGCAAUUCUAAGCAUGUGUAAUUGGAGGUAAACUCUGUUGAAUUCAGUGAGACUUAGUUCCAAGUAAACUGGUUUGGAAUUAAAUUAUCAUGGUCUCUUAACAAGACAAUCAUCAAUGCUGUAGAGUGGUACCUUGGUUCUCAAACUUAAUCCAUUCAGGAAGUCUGUUCCAAAACCCAAGCGUUCCAAAACCAAGGCAUGCUUUCCCAUAGAAAGUAAUGCAAAACAGAUUAAUCUGUUCCAGACUUUUAAAAGCAACCCCUAAAACAGCAAUUUAACAUGAAUUUUGCUAUCUAACGAGACCAUUGAUCCAUAAAAUGAAAGCAAUAAUCAAUGUAAAAGGUAAAGGGACCCCGACCAUUAGGUCCAGUCGUGACUGACUCUGGGGUUGUGCACUCAUCUCGCUCUGUAGGCCGAGGGAGCCGGCGUUUGUCCGCAGACAGCCUCCGGGUCAUGUGGUCAGCAUGACUAAGCCGCUUCUGGCGAACCAGAGCAGCGCACGGAAACGCCGUUUACCUUCCUGCCGGAGCGGUACCUAUUUAUCUACUUGCACUUUGACAUGCUUUCGAACUGCUAGGUUGGCAGGAGCAGGGACCGAACAAUGGGAGCUCACCCCGUCACGGGGAUUCGAACUGCCGACCUUCUGAUCGGCAAGUCCUAGGCUCUGUGGUUUAACCCACAGCGCCACCUGCGUCCCUAAUAAUCAAUGUACUGUACUAUAAAAUAAAGACAGCAUUAUAGAUGAUAAAAAUUAAAAUUAAUUUUUUUUCUUACCUGUACUGAUGAUAGUCAUUGUUUGGAUGGGGGGCUUUUAUCCAUUUCCGUAGUCACACAGUCAAUCAGUAGCUGAACUGGGUUCCACACAGUCACGAAAAAAUAUUAACCGAGAAAGCCUCAAAAACAAAAACACAAAAUAAAUAGCAAAAACAAAAGUGCCAGACUUAAUCCGUUCUGGAAGUCCGUUUGACUUCUGAAAUGUCCGAAAACCAAGGCACAGCUUCUGAUUGGUGCCGGUGCCCCGGAAACAAUAGCAGACAGCCGCAUUGGAUGUUCGGAACACUUCGGGGGUUUUGGCGUUUGGGAACCAAGGCAUUUGAGAACCAAGGUACCACUGUAUAUUUGUCAUACUUAGGAUUCAUCCUCAUGUUGCAGUAUUAUAUAUGGAAUUGGCACUUUAGAACUCUGUUGAUCAGGUUUUCCAACUCUGCUGGCUUAUCCUAGAAAGUUUGCUAUAGGGAUGCAGAUACGGGGUAGGGGGAGAAUUGCUUAAGUUAGUUUAGGACACAGAUAUCCCAAAGGAUGCUAUUGAAGUACCCUUUUUUCAACAUGUGCAAAAAUGAAGUGUUGAAACCGAUGGUCACUUAAACUACUAUGUAUAAAUAAAUGCACUAUGGUAAAAGGGUUGCAUCAGGGUUUUAACUUGCAUGGAUGCCAAGUUUUCAGUAAAUAGAGGGAUUAAUUGGUAUUGGGCCAAGCAAAUGAAUCUCAAGUUUAAAGCAAAUCAUUCUGAAUAAAGGCAAUAUUAUUUUUGUGCUACUGAUUGUUUAGUCGAAACGGUUAGUUUAGUUUGACAUGAUUUUUAUGCAAAAAUAUAUAUACUAAAAAUGUUCCUGUUUAUUUCUUUACUCGCUAUAUAAAAAAUAUUUAUUAC